UCACCCGAGUUCAGUAAAAAAAAAAACUUAAAAGAAAUCCAUUUUCAGCAUACGAUGUGAUUCCAUAACGUUUCAAAUUUCACUUUAUUAGAUGUCCAGUGUCUACUUCACAUUCCGGUCAUCUGUGAUUCUACAGUUUAUUAUAAAUGCCCGAUCACAAUUUUUGCCUGGCCCAUUCCCGUACCCUGCUCCACCUCAGUUAGGGCCAGCGAUGGGAGGCGCAAUGCCGUCAAUUAUUCCUCCUCCUAUGGGGCCAAUGACGCCAAUAGCGGGGCCUUUUCCCCUGCAACAACCGAAGAUACCUGUCGUCGUAAUGCCUUACUACUCCAAGUUGGCUGAUAAAAACAGAUCUAAACUACACAGGAAAAGAAGAUAUUUCCUUAAGAGACAUGUAAAAGAGUCAUCUUCAUGUGACACCGGCGACUCGACAGAUUCCUCUAGUGACCUUGAUUUCCGUGCUACCAGACGCAGCGUGACGAGCAAAGGAAAAAGGAGUCGUCAAGUGUUGACUCCUGUGGUCUCUUACGUCACAAAAGACGGGUACGUGGUUUACCAGAAGAAAAUAAAGAAGGAGAAAGCGAGAGAUUGGUUGGAGAUGGGGGAAAGAAGUAAUUUUCAUGAUAGCGUUGAAAAAGACUCUGAGAGUCACGAGAUGCGGUUAAAAGACUUGAAGAAUCAAUUAAGAUUGUCCAAGAGGAGCAGGAUUGAACGUUGAUUGUUUUGUCUUGUCCAUGACAAGAGAUUUGUACACGUAUGAAAUAUCUUUUUAGUAACUCCAAUUUUUUUAUACAUAUUUUUAUGUCAAUAAUUUGUCUUUUUUUCUAUCUAUAUCAUCAUCGAAUAGGCCUCCCCUAUUGGGACGUUUUGCCAGUAGUUGCCACGCUUGGCAAAUAGAUUGGCAACCGCAGUUACAUUUA